AUGUCGAGACCCGUCGCAGACUAUCUUCUCAUCUCCCUUCCAAAAUCCGUUGGAACUGAGAACUCCUUGUACCUUUGGCUAGAGGGAAAUGUAAAUUCGGGAGAAGUUGAACUCACGAAAUACAAGCUUCCUGCCUUCAAAGUUGGUACCCUAGACUCCCUAGUGGAACAGAGUGACGAAUUGGCAAAGACUGAUACUCAAUUACACAGCUCCAUUACUAAGGUGUUGGAAAUCGUGGGGAACGUCCAAUCCGGAGUCUCGGAGGCGGGAAAUUCCCAUACCGGCACCACCUCGUCUUCGUCCAUGCCUCUUCCCAUGAUGAAGAUCAAUAAUAAGCCUAUCGACGUUUUUUUUGAGUCAUUCCAAUGGAAUACAUCUAGAUAUAGAUUGGACAAGUCUACGGAAGAGCUUAUUAAGACGAUUUCCGAUGAGGCUCUCAAUUUGGACUCUGAUUUGAAGAAUGCCUACAGUUCCUACAACUCUGCCAGGUCCAACCUACUUGCGGCCCAGAGAAAGCAGACUGGUGAUCUUACAGUAAAAUCUCUUCAUGACGUUGUCAACAAGGAUAAUUUUGUGAUCGGAUCCGAGCAUUUGACGACCGAUUUACUGGUAGUGCCUAAAUCGUUGAAGAAGAGCUUCCUACAAACCUAUGAGACUCUGGCACCUUUUGUAGUGCCAAGGUCAGCCAAAUUGAUUACAGAAGAUUCUGAGUAUUAUCUAUAUGCAGUGACGCUAUUCAAAAAGUACGAACAGCAGUUUUUGGCAUCGGCUAGAGAAGCCAAGUGGAUUCCAAGAGAGUUCAAUUAUUCGGAGGAUUCUAUCAAUAAAAUGAGAAACGAGUUCACCGAAGCCAGUAAGGAAGAGGUUUCGUUGAAAAACGAUUUAAUAAGGUUGGCCAAAGAGGCCUAUUCGGAGAUUACAUCCGCAUGGAUCCAUAUCGAGAUGUUGAGAACGUUUGUGGAAUCGGUGUUACGGUACGGCCUUCCUCCAGACUUUUACUGCUUCUUCCUUAAACUGAAGAACGAGAAGGCAAUCAAUAGAGCCAGGAAGGAUCUCACGAUCAGAUUUGGAUACUUGGGAGGUAAUGCUUUCUCUACAGAUAAAAAGGGAAAGCUCACUGGUGACAACUCGUUGCAUGACUACGCAUCGUUGGUGGACCAAGACUACGAACCAUUUGUCAUGUAUCAGAUUGAACUAUACUAA